AUGCGACGAUGCGACCUUCCCAUCGCUCCGACUACAUUAUGUAUUUUCGUGUCGGAUGAUAGCGUGUGCGGCGCGGCGUUCCGUCGAGAUAGUGACGUCACGGCGGCGUAUCACUCUCGGCGACGGGGCGACUACGACGACGAUACGUGCCCAGUGCCCACGGCCAGUGUACCGUUACUCGCUCGCAAGUCACAACUCAUUACUCACAAGUCACACUAA